AUGAGAGGCGGUUUGAAGCACAUCUUCCAUGUCCAAUUGGGCAGCCCCGUUGCGCCGUGUCUCACGUUUCAGACCGCCUCCGACGGCUCAGACUUUGGCCCCAACAAGUGUCGCAUGAGAUUUGUUAUGCACAAUGGACCGGGCGCAGCGCUGGAUACUCCUGCUGAUGCUGCUGGUCUUCGGCCGUGCUGGGCCAGCCUCAAUACGGCAACUGGCAACCAAACCCCAAACCGGCUGGCGAAGUGCAUGCUUCGAAUCGGCUCUUUGGGUCUCUUUACAGGCCUGUGCAUCGCAUUCGUCCUCCCUCUCUCGUUGGUUUUUUGUCUUUACCUACUGGCUCUCGCCCAUCCUCCGUGUUGCCUACUCGCCGCCGGCUAA